AUGAAAUCUUUCACAGCUCUAUCACUCGCGCUACUGGCUCAAGCAAGCAACGGACAACCAAGCAACGGACAACCCAGCAGCAGACAAGAUAGCCCACUGACGUACGGACAAGCCAAUACGGGUGAAGUCAAAGCUUCAGCUAGCACGUCUGAAGGUGUUUUGUCGCACUUUGAUCCGAGUAUAGCUAGUUGGGAUAUAAAUGAUUUUCUCUCACGGAAUUAUCACGAUGACGACUUGCGAUAUGAUGGAAACAAGUACGAAUUGCGAGACAUCUUCGACUUAUUCUCUAAAAUAUCUAAAGGGUGGAGGAACCCCCGGUUGUUUGAUGAAUUGCUAAUGAACGACCAUCACGGAAGCACGGACGACACGACUACCACCUUCGUUACCACCACAUAUACCACAUUGGCCACCGUAACCGAUGCUGCGAAUCAAGAUAAUUCCACUUCUCCCAUGCAAGCGUUCUCACUUCGACCCGAAGACAUUGCCGUAGCCAUCGAAGCCAACGGCCAUCUGGAGGACAUUGUUGUAACACUUGAAAGUCUACGCUCUUCAAAUAUCACCGAGGUACUCAUUAUUCAGCCCGCUUUGACAAAGUGCGCAAGUUUGCCACACGCGUGUGCAGACCGAAUUUUACCCUUAAUAUCUCUCGAAUCGAUUGCGAGAAAGCUGUAUAAAUUUGAGAGUAUCAAAAUUGGCACUUAUGACGCAUACCUUCCAAGUGGCAGUUACUCUCGCCGGUUAAUGGCGUUGGAAGCCUCCAAGUCUAAUGUUUUGUUUAUAAGGGCCGGACAAGUUGUCUCCGUGGGACGGUUAUUGAAAUCGGUCGCCGGGGUGCUUGAAAGCGAAGGAACAGCCACAAACCAGGAUGUGUUCGUUGAGAUACCUAUCGCGGCUUCCCAGAUAAUCUACCGCAAUCGUGGGGAGUUAGUAGACCGCGUUAACCGGAGUAUUAAUGGGAAGGCUCAAGUGGACGGAGAUUCGGAAGCCGGCAUGCAGCCCUCGUCAUAUAUGGAUGUCACGCUUGUGAAUACAUCCACGGAUCACGUAGACUGGUCCCAGUUACUAUACUGCAAUCAGUGGCCCGCCUUCACGGGAGUUGAUCAAGUGGUUGGUGGCGCUAUUGAAGAUCCGUUCAGCGACUCAAAAAUGAUUGCUUUAUGCCGCACGGCGAAGCCCGUGAGGCCGAUCGAUAGGGUCCGGUGCCAGUCGGAUACGGUGUUGGUUGCCUCCCGAGGACUGAUUGCUGGUGCGCGAGUACUUCCUAUGCACAGCCAUGUCGGCGAACGGGCAGUGAUCGGAAGACAAAGCCCUACCUACUGUAUUACAAGUACCACGGAUCUGGCAUACCAAGUGUGGCUGGAUUCGCGCACGCGGAAUUUGGUCAAUGGGUCGGUGGAUGAGCUUACGGAACAGGAAUACCGUCAGCUGCAGUACUAUAACAGUCAUCUGGACACUGAGACAACGAGAGCACCCUCUGCGACUCCCGCGAAGACGGCCACGGUCUCCACCAGGAUGUCUUCGACGGUUCCGACCUCCAGCGAGACGGUUUCUCUCUCCCAUGUCUCCGACGAGACGCUCUCUGUCUCCGACGAGACGCUCUCUGUCUCCAACGAGACGCUCUCUGUCUCCAAUGAGACGCUCUCUGUCUCCAAUGAGACGCUCUUUGUCUCCAAUGAGACGCCCUCUGUCCAACGACACGUCCCCAGCAAGACAGAUUCUAUUUCCACUGCGACGGCGGGAAUCUCCGUCGGGAGCAUCCGAGUGACCGAUAAAAGUUCUUCUGCGAUGACACACAGCAGGGACUCCUGGCACAGCGUGGCUUCAGUCAGCGAGGCUGGCCGUGAAAGUUCGUCCCUACCAGAGAACCAAUCGCCAUUCACCACCCCCCGACCGAUUUUGUGA